AUGGAUAGGGAUAAUGUAAAAUUAUUAGGAGAAGAUCCAUACAUCUGUUGUGACAUGUGUGCUGAUAACCGCAAUGGUGAGUGCCCCAUGCAUGGGCCCCUUCACUCUCUGCGUCGUUUAGUGGGCACUAGUAGUGCUGCUGCAGCAGCACCUCCACCCGAGAUCCCUGAGUGGCUCAGAGACCUGCCUCGGGAAGUGUGUCUGUGUACCAGCACUGUGCCUGGCCUGGCCUAUGGCAUCUGUGCUGCCCAGAGGAUCCAACAGGGCACCUGGAUUGGACCUUUCCAGGGAAUCCUCCUCCUACCAGAGAAGGUUCAAGCAGGAGCCAUCAGGAAUACACAGCAUCUCUGGGAAAUAUAUGACCAAGAUGGGACACUGCAGCACUUUAUUGAUGGUGGAGAACCCAGUAAGUCAAGUUGGAUGAGGUAUAUCCGAUGUGCGAGGCACUGUGGCGAACAGAACUUAACAGUAGUUCAAUACAGGUCAAAUAUAUUCUACAGGGCCUGUAUAGAUAUCCCCAGGGGCACUGAGCUGUUGGUGUGGUACAAUGACAGCUACACGUCUUUCUUUGGAAUCCCUUUACAGUGCAUUGCACAGGAUGAAAACUUGAAUGUCCCUUCGACGGUAAUGGAGGCCAUGUCCAGACAAGACACCCUACAGCCAUUUAAUAAAAGUAGCAAACUACCCCCUGCCACUCCACAGCGAUCCAUAGUAUUUCCACAGACUCCAUGCAGCAGAAAUUUUUCUCUUCUGGAUAAGUCUGGGUCCAUCGAGUCAGGAUUUAACCAGAUCAGUGUAAAAAACCAGCGAGUUCUUGCAAGCCCAACUUCAACAAGCCAACUAAAUUCUGAGUUCAGUGACUGGCAUCUUUGGAAAUGUGGGCAAUGCUUUAAGACUUUCACUCAGCGGAUCCUCUUACAGAUGCAUGUGUGUACGCAGAACCCUGACAGAAAUUCCCAACAAACCCAUAUGGGGGACUCCAGAAAGGGACCCUAUCAAUGUGGUCAUUGCUCCCAAUCCUUCUCCCAGCCUUCAGAACUAAGGAACCAUGUGGUCACUCAUUCCAGUGACAGACCUUUCAAAUGUGGUUACUGUGGCCGGGCCUUUGCUGGUGCUACAACACUCAACAAUCACAUCCGGACACACACAGGAGAGAAGCCUUUCAAGUGCGAGAGGUGUGAGAGGAGCUUCACACAAGCCACCCAGCUGAGUCGACACCAGAGGAUGCCCAAUGAGUGCAAGCCAAUAACAGAGAGCACAGAAUCAAUUGAAGUGGAUUAACUGAUUGACUGGUUGGAAUUAAACUGCAAGGAAAGUCAUGAUUAAAUGUCACGGACACUUAAGCAAAACCAAAGAUUUCCUCUGAGCAACUUUCAAUCAGCCCCAGAAAACCAAAAGCAGUAAUAAAAUAAGUAAGAUGUUAAGAGAUAUUGAUCCUGGCAUGGAAGUGAGGCCAGGAAAGAGAUUAUUUAUUUAUGACUAGGGAUGAGACUUAUUUCAAUGGACAAGUUACCUGGGACUGCUAACAGUUCAAGUCCCACCAUGUAUUGCUUUAUUUCUAAAAGCCUUUAUUAUUGUUAUUUAAUACCAAAGCGAGGAAUCUCAAGGGUUCUUCUGCCCAUAGUUAUGACUGAGAAUGCACAUGGACUUGUUUAUUGUUGCACCUUUUUUGUAGCAUGACUCUAAGUACCCAGAUGUAAUCCUUAUUUUUGGCUGGGUUGGGUUGGGUUAAGUUGGUUUUGACAUGGCUAUAAUAGAAAUUGUUGUCUGAAUAGUGAGAUGGAAAGUGAUCAAGCACCACAUCUGAGUUGGCCUCCUCACACCAAAGGACAUUUCAUUUCCAUGGUUCCACACCUCACAUUGUGUGCACUUUUUCAUGUAAAUGUCUUUAUCAGAUAAUGCAUUGGCACCGAAGCUCUGCGAAAACCGAAUAAGCAACCUGUAAAUACACAGUUGUGCAAGGAUGUCAGAAAGAAAGACAGUUUAAACAAAGGCACAUUUUAAAUAGGAUAGCAUCACUUUGAAAUAUGCAAUGAUAAAAAGUGUUUUCAGCAAAAUUGUAGUUUAAUGUUAAAAAAAAACCCUGUAUAUCUGAAUAUCCUGUUGUAAGCAGCAAGACAAAAAAGCUAGGUUCAAGUUUUCAUUUGGAUGGUUGCUUUAAUAGUUUAUCAAUUCCAGCAAAAUUAAUCAAAAACCCAGUUUACAGUGCCCAGCUAUUUCUAUCAUACUGGCUCAGGUUCACUUGAAAGUAGUCCCAGAUCAGUUUCAACAAACUUGGGCUGAGCUUCAGUAUUGUAAAGGAAAUCUGAAUCCAGGUGACUCAUGAAUGGCUUCAGGCUUCAUUGCAGUCACUUCAGGAAGAUGUAUUUAAUUUUCUUUCAAGGCAUGAGUCUAAUUCUAAUUAAUGUAAAAGAAGUUACGUAUACUUAGCAAGGGAAUAAGUGUCUGCAUAAAGAUUCUAACACAGUAUAACAGAGUACUGAACGUGCACACACGGGAGAGGCUAAACACUGAAGUAGUGUUCUUUAUGAACAAGGUGCAGCUAACAUGAUACAUUUUUAUUGGGAAUUGCACACUUUGGAUGAAAUUCUGCCACAUUAAAGUCUCUGGGAGUUUUGCCAUUUAUUUCAAAAGGACCAUGAUUUUACUCUUAAUUUGUAUGGUGCUAGAGGUUAAAAAGAUGCCCCUUUGAAACAAAUUCAUAUUUAAUAAAAGAAAAAAAUAAUAAAUGUUUGCAUGCGAGUAA